AUGCCUCUGACUACAGCUUGCGUCGGGGUCAGUGUGAUCCCGACAGUAUUAUCGACAUGGUUUUCUCAUUACCUCGACAGAAAAACCCGACACCUAAAACCCACCGCUCACAUAUCCUACGAUGAAGGUCUCAAUGUCGUCCGAGCAUUUCUAAAACAUGCUGCGCAUCAUACCGUUGAGGAUUUACAGUCAUUCACCGCGCAAAAAAUUCCAUCACCGACAUGGGUCAAAGUCAAGGAACAAGUUGUCCCAAACGAACACCUAUCCAAAGCCGCUGAUCACGUCAAUGCGCAAUUGGGUGAGAGGGGAAUUAAACGCGUUGGGGGAAAGACAUGGUGGCAAUGGCGCGUUCAGCAGGGAGACUUAAAAUGCGAAUGGAUUGAGAUGAAGAGCGACUAUCGGGCGAGGAGACAAGCGAACGGGCAUUGUAAGCGGGUCAUGUUGUAUGUGCACGGUGGUGCGUACUUUUUCGGUACUGCAUAUCGUUUAUCGCCGCAAUUUCCAUUUCCUUGUGGAUUGCAAGACUGCCUGGCAGCAUAUCUUUAUCUACUCACUAUGCAAGACCCAACAGAGAUCAUUUUGGCUGGUGACUCCGCUGGUGGUGGCAUGGUCCUUGCUAUGCUAGUCAUCCUUCGUGACCAGGGUAUUCCACUACCCGCCGGCGCGAUUCUCAUCUCUCCAUGGGCAGACCUGACACACUCCUUUCCAUCUGUCGCAAAAGCAAGCAACCUGGAUUACAUCCCCGAGCAUGGCUUUAUGCAUCGUCCUUCCCGCAGCUGGCCACCACCGAACUCGGACGAUUUGGCAUAUAUGUAUCAGGAUGCCCAUAACAAAGAGGCACUGAAUCACAAAGUCGAGAAUCAUCAACAAACAAAUGGAGCCCAGAAGACAAACGAUGACCAACAAACUGCAAUUCAAGGAUUUGCCGUGCGAGAAGGAGAUAUCAAAACCGCCGACCAUACAUAUCCUGGCCUGCACACUGGUAUUGAUCGAGUCACAACGGCGGAUAUCGGAACGAUUCAAGCAGACAAUGUGGUCGUGCAAAUGGAAGACAAUACCGUCGUUGAAAUCAAGGAUCAGAUUCAAAUGUAUGCUCCGAAUCAGAUGCUGACGCAUCCACUAGUAUCACCGGUGUUGCAACCUUCUCUUGGCGGUUUGCCGCCAUUGCUGAUAUUGACUGGUGGUGGGGAACUGCUUCGGGAUGAGCAGAUCUACCUGGCACACAAGGCAGCAGACCCAAUGGCUUACCUUCCGGCUGAUAUCUUUCUGGACGAACAUGAUCCUGAUAGAACGAUAAUACACAAGUAUGGACCAACGAACGUACAGUUACAAGUCUGGGAUGAUCUAUGCCAUGUGGCUCCUACUUUGAGUUGGACAAGACCGGCGAAGUUCAUGUAUCGAUCAAUUGCACAAUUCGGUGCAUGGGCUUUGGCACAUGCUCAACACGAGGACAUUGAUAUUCCUGAAGAUGACGCUUCUUCCAUCUCGAGUGAAUCGUCUUCAACCUCGGACAAUGAAGAGCCGACAGCAUCUGUAGGAGUAGCAGGAGACCCCUUGCCACCUUUCCGAAAACACAUGAUCCGACAAAGAGUUGAUAGACACGGCAUGGUAUACCAUCUAGAUCCACCUUCCUCCUUGCCAGCUCUUCAACAACCGCGUGAAAAAGUCGGCGCCUUAAAUCCUCCAAUCGUCAAGAAAUGGUUGAGCGCGAAGAAAGCGUGGGACGAGCGGUUUGCGAAGGAGAAACUUACCGUCCAACGUCGUCGGCUCAAAGAAUUUGAAAAGGGAUAUCUUGGAUUUGAUGGUGAACUUCCUCCUGCAUGCUCUAUGGCUAGUAGACGUAUGGAGGAGGAUCUUGCUCCUGCCAAAGUACGCAAGAGCUACGGUAUGAUGAUGUGGUCCCUUCUUGGUAGUAAACACGACAAGGAGAUUAUCACAAGGGAAGCAAAGGAAGACACUAUCCCGCAUGUCAGCAAUGUACCAUCGGAAGGUAAGGAGGGUCAGGGUGAUACGGACAUCGUCGCGCAGAAGACGAGGACAUCACGAAAGAGAAGCAUCUCAAAACCAGAUCGUGGUAAAUUGGCUCCUCCCCCUGCGGAUGAACGUUCUCGAAGUCGACCUAGGAAUCGAUCACGGAUUGUCAGUGAUGCCGGCCAAGCGAAGGAACUCGAGGUCGAUCAUUCUUCACACCCAGCAUUGAGGUCAGGCACAUCUACACCUGUGAUACUGAUUCCUGGAGUUGAUACCAAUGACGAUUCCCAAUCUGGAAAUAAAACAACGGACAACGCAAGUACAAUGACACUCCUCAACGCUGACGGUGUUCUCACCACGACAGAUGCAUCAACCAUGAAAUCUUCUGACCUGCACUCUCUAUCAUUAAGCGAACAAAACGGCAGUGCCACGGCUACGAUAUCCGACAGUGGGCCUUAUACUCCGAGCAUAAUAACCACGGAUGCCGCGCCGGAUUUCACGAUGAACGAAUCAAACGCUAGUACAAUCGCUCUUCGACAUGUUCCUUAUAUUUUGAAAAAGGAGCAAGAGCACGAUGCCGAAAAGAGCGAAGUUGAAAUUCAGACGAGAUCGAGCACAGUAGACGAAGUUUCGCCACAUGCCGAAUGCGACACUACCAACGGAGAAACACCCAACGCUAGCGCAUAUGAGGCUAAAGAGGCGUUUCCAUUCUCGGAGAAGGAGGAGAGACCUCAGAUGCCUGAUCGGGAGGAGUUUGUGACUGCUGAAGAGAUUCAGUCUUGA